AUGGAACCGAAUCUAAUAAUAUUCGAACGCAUUUUUAUAUUGCUUUGCCCAGCGUCCUGGCUACAGACCUGUAAGCGAUCUAGUCCCAAUGAGAACAAAUGUUUCCGAAAACUGUUCGAGGGCUGCUUUCCAGCUUUGGCUGCCGGAAUACCAGAGAUUGGAGUGAAGAGCUUCGAGCCAUUAAACAUUGACCAGGUGUCCGUUUCGAAGGGCAGCGGCAAUUUAGUUCUGGCCGGCGGCUUUCAGAAUCUAGUCAUACGCGGACCCUCCAAUGCGACAGUGCGCAGUGCCAGCUUGGAUCUGGCGCGACGGCAGCUAAACUUUGAGUUGGAACUGCCGCGGCUGCGAAUAAGAGCCAAAUACAAUCUGAAGGGCAACAUAUUGUUGCUGCCUCUGGUUGGCAAUGGCGAUGUGGCUAUGGCCUUAAAGAAUGUGCAUACGGCCGUCUAUACGAAGAUAUCUCUGCAUAACGAAACCCAAACUGGCGAUGAGAUUAUACACAUUGAUGAGAUGAAAGUCAGCUUUCAGGUGGGCGCCAUGCGUAUUCACCUAAAGAAUCUAUUCAAUGGCAAUGAGAUUUUGGCCGCGUCUAUUAAUGCAUUUCUCAAUCAAAACGGUAACGAAGUUAUAGCAGAGCUGCGCCCCGAUCUGGAGCUGGGACUAGCCGAUAUUUUUCACGGCCUGUGGAACAAUGUCUUCUCAAAGAUGCCCACCAAGCUGUGGCUGCUCUGA